GGCACGCACUGAGUGACAGCACCCAGAGGUGCCAGGCACAACGGAGGACACCCCUUUGCUCGCAGCCCUCCACGUUAACCAGGGAACUGCCCGCUGCAGGGUGCCAGGAGAGCACCUUGGUGGGAGUAGCAGUGAACUGUGCAGCACGCUUCUGGACAGGGCCAUGCUGUCUCUCAUUUCCCAGCUUGAACUGAGGAGCAGCUGUGGUGGACAGACUACCAUUAGGAGCAGCACCAGAGCUCCUCCCAGACAGCUAGUGGAGAGUAACGCAGGGAUGGUGUUCUACAGAGAGAUGUUAAACACAGCAAACAGAGCAAGACAGGCAGGGAAACUCCAGGCUAAGGUAUCCAGAGUCCAGAGGCAGGAGGUGCAGAGGAGGAGGCUCUUGCAUGAGCAGAAAGGACCGUCUGAAACUUAGCUGUGACUCAGCAGAGGGUCAAGGGCCACUUUGCUCAUCUUUGCUGUGCUAGCGGCUGGCUACUGGGGUCUUACAGAGCCCCAGUACAGCACAGCAUAAGUCCUUUCUUCAGCUAUUCUCCAGAGGAGACUCAUUGAGCUGGCAAUACUUGGGUGUUCUCCAAGCCCAAGAGGGAAAACCUGGGCCCCAGGACACAAAGCCAAAGCCUGGCCUCUCCUUGCAGCACACCUCAGGGUUGACACAUCCCUGUGCUACAGCCAUCAUCAAGGGGCUGCCUCUCUCUUCCAGCUGGACAGGAACCAGCCCCUUUCCACAGACCCACACCAGGAGCGUGACAGCAGGCGAUGACCAUCGUGAAACUGGGACCGGGAGAUGCCCCCCGGCUGGAUCUGGGCAAGAAGGUCAGCACACCUCAGGAUGUGAUGAUAGAGGAGCUGUCAUUGCAAACGAACCGGGGCUCUCAGCUCUUCCAGCAGAGGCAGAAGCGGAUGAAGCGCUUCAUCUUCGAGUACCCCAGCGGCUACAGAAAGCUCUCAGGGACAGGGGCAGGUGAAUCACACAGCAUGGAGAAAGGCUACCUGGAGGGAAUGGCAAACGAGAGGAUGGUGGGUCACAACACUGAGGGCCAGCAGAGCUACCACUCCGAGCUCCACGUGGCAGCAUCAGCCCGAGGGGCCCCCCCCAAAGUGCCCAAGAAGACAGAGAAAGUCUUGCAGAUGAGCAAAGCCCUCAACCCAGAUGCUCUGGCCCCAGGCUACUCCAGCCCCCUAAAAGAAGUCCCCCCUGAGAAGUUUAACAUCACUGCCAUCCCAAAGGGCUACCGUUCCCCAUGGCAGGAGUUCCUCAGUGAGAAGGACUACCUUGCGAGCGAGAGCCAGCCGCCUAUGAAACCAACUCAUUGGGACUUCAGAAGUUUCAACAGAACUCCCAUCCCGUUUGACAGAGCUCAAAUCACUGAUGUGUUCUCUACGCCUGCAAUGGAGUUUGAUAACCUGAGCGCUCUGGAGCUGAUUUCCCACAGACCCAACUUCAACAGAGCACCGCAAGGUUGGGUACGGAUUCUACCAGAGAGUGAUGAGCUGUAAUACACUCCCUUCUCCAUUGCCACAGAUGCUUUUCUUGCUAGACUCAAACAUACUUUGCACAGUAGGGCAGAAGGCAGUAAUUAUUCUUGCCUAUGCACUUCAUGAAAGCCAAGCUAGUGGUCUCAGGUUGUCAUCUUUUUCCAUGGGAUUUGAACAAGCUCAAGUUUGGGACCAUUUUGAAUGCCUCUCAUACUAGCCAUUGUCACAAGGGCACUUAGCACUAACCUAACGAGCCAAGUUCUCAUCUUUAACGUAAGAUCCCUGUAAGCUCCCGUAACCAUCACGGUACAAAAUAUCCUGUACAGCCUGUCCUCUCCCCUACGUUGUGGAAAAUGACAGAAGCACCAGCUGUAACAUACAGUUGUCUUGCUGCUUCUUCACUGACACACAACACCAGCUUCAACAGGUGGUGCCUUUGCAGAGAAAUUCCAUCUUAAGGACAACUCUACAUCUGUCAUUCUGGUGAGAGGAGGCGAUAAUUGAAAAACAUUCGCAAAACAAGUUACUAGCAGCUUUGGCGUGUUAAAAACCAUUACCCUGGGCUUGGCUGAAGAACAAAUGCUGAACUGGGCAUUUGCCUGUUUACAACAUACAUACAGCACAACCUGGAUAUAUGGGAGGGGAACAACAUUGUGAGUUGGAAACCUGUGCCACAAGCUUUCUCCGCAAGCUGCUGGAUAGUACUUUACAGUUGUCAUUUGCCCUUUCCUGUCUGCAUGCCUUGCUUGAAUAUCUAAGCAGUUGGUUAAGAUAUGCCAGAUUUGCUUUAAACAGUUGGUCAAUAAGGAUCAGGCCCUGUGUGGAGCAGGUGCAUAUCACAACUGCACCGGUCUGGGGAGUCCGCAAGAUACUGCAGGUGCCAGGAUAUACCAGUAACUUAAAUUGGAAGGAAGAAAAGCCCAGUCAUGUCUCCACAGCAAGGACAGGCUUCUCCACGAACACAAAACAGUCAGCAGUGAGGUUUUGACUGCACAAACUUUUCCACCAGUGACAUGCAAUAGGAUGUGCAGUAAUGACAGCAUACAGGACAGUCACCAGGAACAUUUGGAAAACCCUGCUUACAGCUAACAGAAAUCUGUAAGUCUCUACAUUUGUUCAGUUACUGUUGUCAGGUCCUUAAUGUUAUCCUUAUUUAAUUUUGCAAAACAGAGGAACAUUUAUUUUAAUUAGGAUAAAAAUACUGUUGUUUUCUGCCACUAUGGAUAAACCAGGCAAGUAAGUUUUGUAUGUCAGUUGGUAAAAAUGCAGUUAACAGUAGCGUUAACUGUAAAAUGUAUUUCUAGUACAGUGAAGACAGAUAUACAGGGGAAAUCCCACAUGGGAAUUCUGCUCUAACAACACAUCAUUCAGAAGGAAGCUUUCAUUCCUCUGUUCUUCCCCCCAAAACACAACAGGACAAACUAACAGAAAAAUGGUCUGCUCCAUAAGUAUUAAAAACUUAUGAUGCCCAAAUACUGUCCAGUUCCAAACUCAUCUCCUUCUCUCAUAUCCAUCAGCUAAAGAAUGCGUACACCUCUGGGGACAUGGCUGGAAAAAAAAACAAACAAACUAGCCACAAUGUAUAGCUUGCCUGAGUUUGAGAUCUGUCUCACUGGUGCUCAUGGGCACUGACUGAAGAGAGUCAAGCGCAGAGAAUGGCAAACAAUGCAGCCCUCCCUUCGGGGUCCAUCAGCAGGGCCUCAGCCUGCCCUGUAACACCACCCUGGCACGAGCUCUUACCCACAAAAGCUAAGUACCUGUGCUCGAAGCUCAACUCUUCUCCAGAGAAGGAAGGUCCAAGUGCCAGCUACGGCCCUGGUGUCACGUAUGUUCCUAUACCACAAAUGAAAGCCCUGCAGGCUGAAAAUAUCAAACAAGUCUUUAGUGGUGGCUUCAGUGGGACCCAGAGGCUUGUACAGUUCAGUGCGCUGAUCCAGAAGUGGACCCGCUGCCACACCGCCCUCCAUACCUUCGCUUUGACAGCAAGACAAAAAAAAGUUGGACAAAGUCCUCAGACACCCUGCUUCAGGGAGCAGGGACUAGGCACAGCAUUCAAAAUUUCACACAUUUUAAUGUAUUUUGUUUUAAAACAAAUAAAUGAGGUUUCAAAACA